AAGGAGGUCUGUCCGACUGACUGAGUGAGGAGGCUGGUGCACAGCUGAGAACUUUGUUCAGCAGUGAGUAAAGCAGAGCGUGUUGUGGUACAUACAACGGCGACGUCGAAUAGAAGUGAGCAGCACUCGUACGAGAGCUCCCAGACCGAGUGCUGUGGCGUUUCGAAGUGCUCUGUGUGUUGUCGAAGAUUCCGUCCCAUGUGACUAACCCUCAAGGUCUGCUGGAACCAGCUCCUCUAUGCUCAAAAGGAAAUGCAGAUCGCAGGACAACCUCGUUGAGGCCGCGGGACACGCAGCGAAGCGGCCGAGCGUCACGGCAUUCAACGUCACCCCCAAUUCAGGAUUGCCAGCUGCUUCUUCGUCGGCAACCGCGCAGAUGGACCCGGAUCUACCUCCGUCGCAAGGCUCCAGCACCACCACGACAGUCGCAAAAAUGGAGGUCGUCCUUUUGAUUGAUCUCGAAACUCGGCAUUCGGAAUGGGGCGAUCCCCAACACAGGGCAAUUGCCCUCGAAGAGAUCCGGAAAGCUAGUCGAUGUGCGGGCGCGGAGUUCAAGACCUGUGACCUCAAGGAUCUCGCUUAUCAUGAAGGAUUCUCAGGAUCAGGAGAUGCUAGAGAGCAAUUUUAUCAGGCCGACGUAGCGAUCGUCGACGUCAGCGUGCGGAGCCAAUGGAAUGUAUUGUUCUACCACCUGGGAAUCAGAGAGAGUUUCGGGAUGUCGCAGAGCAUUCUAAUCGGGAACGCAUCCAGUAAAACGGGCGACCACAAGAGUCAGCUAUUCAGCUACAAGCCAGUCUACUACCGUGUGACAGAGAAAAAUUUUUGUUACGUCAGCGACAUCGGGCCCUUCCAUGACAGCAUAACGUCUUCAAAUGAGAAAUCGCUCACCGAGGUCAUCAGGAAGAGUCUGCUCGAACUCGAAGUUCAAACGAAGGAAUUCCUAAAAGACAGAUUCCUGAAGGACCUCCGACACCUCCCAGAAACUCUGAGGGGGGACGAGCUGAGAGCGGCGUUGAAGAACUUCCGGAUACGGCUCGACGAUCCCAACGUCAUCUCGCUGGAAGUUGUACACGCGUUACUGAAUGCAUUGAACGACGCACAGGAUUAUGACUCCUCAGUGAAGCUCGUCGAAGAUCUCCAGGAGGUUUCGACGCUGAGCUUCAUGCACUGUGCUGCCAUCCAGUACUUGUAUGCUUUCGCCCUCAAUAGGCGGAAGAAAGAAGGCGAUACCGACCGAGCCCUCGCUGUCAUGGAGAAAGCCCUGGAAAAAAAAGAAAACGAGAUCCCAGACUACUUGGGGCUGUGCGGGAGAAUAUACAAGGACAAGUACCUGAACAGUGACUGUAAAGAUACGGACUCACUGAAGAAAGCGAUCGAAUGGUAUCGAAAAGGUUUCGAUGCCCUCCAGUCGGUCUACAACGGCAUAAAUUUAGCGACGCUACUCACCGCUGACGGCCACAGAUCCGAGGAGAGCCACGACCUCCAGUACGUGUUUUUGGUGCUUAACAACUUGAUCGGGAAGAAAGGCGAAAUCGAUGCGAUGACUGAUUAUUGGGACGUAGCGACAUACUUCGAGGUUUGCUACUUGGUCGAGGACUACACGCGCGCCAUCAAGGUUGCCAUAAAAAUGUUCCACCUCAACCCGGCGAGUUGGUGCUUGGCGAGCACGCUUCUCAACAUUCAACUCAUAGCGAGAAAACGAAGAAAAGGCGACACAACGGAAAUCAAACCUGAGGAACACAUCAUGGGUUUCUGGAUCGACUAUUUCAGCAUGGCCACACAGAAGGAUCUAGAGGAUCAUAUUUUGUUUCCGGUUCUGAUCAAUGAACCCACCGAGACUCUUAUGCCGUCGUACGUCACGCUGAAUUUAGACACGGGCGAUCAGAAGAAGUCCAUCCAGAUCUCCCACAAAUGCGUCGACACGAUGCGUGGCACCUGCAAGCGGCGCCACGAAUGGCUCUUCACUUCGCCGACGAUAAAGGGCGUCUCGCUCUACAAACAAGACGACCGCUGCAUCUUAUUAUACGUACACGAGAACUCUGAUGAUUUCCAGAUGUUCUUCCCCUCAUCUGCUGCUCGAGGAAGAUUCUAUCAGGUGGUCCAAGGUAUGAUCAACGAAAACCAGCAGAACGAGGACGCCAUGUGUCUUGCUUUCGACUACGAUGCUCAGUUUCAAUGUAUAGACUUCGAAUACGAGCUCGACGAAAAUCGACAGAAGAAGGUUCUCGGCAAAGGAACCUACGGUGUCGUCUACGCCGCUACGGACACGAAAACCAUGACUCAAAUAGCCGUGAAAGAAAUUCAUGAAAAAAAUCUCAAGGAUGUUCAACCUCUGCACGAGGAGAUCAUGCUGCACAUGCAUCUCCGACACAAGAACAUCGUCCAAUAUCUAGGAUCGAAAAGCGAGGAUGGCUUCGUGAAGAUCUGUAUGGAGCGCGUGCCCGGUGGGAGCUUGUCACACCUGCUACGCUUCAACUGGGGUCCUCUGAGAUUCGAGAGCACAAUCGCGCAUUAUACGAAACAGAUCCUGGAGGGGAUAAAAUAUCUCCACAAAAACAACAUAGUACACAGAGACAUCAAGGGCGACAAUGUGCUAAUAAACACCUACUCCGGGAUCGUGAAAAUCUCCGACUUCGGAACUUCGAAACGAAUGGUCUCCGGCCGUCUUGUGGAAACUUUCGCUGGAACCUUCCAAUAUAUGGCGCCUGAAGUGAUGGACAACGGUGACCGAGGCUACGGAAAACCGGCCGACAUCUGGUCAUUGGGCUGCACGAUCAUCGAGAUGGCGACGGGAAAGUACCCCUUCCCUAAUCUUCCCCCGCAAGCAGCUCUCUUCAAAGUAGGACAAUUCAAGAUUCACCCGGAUAUACCCGAGAAGAUGAGCGAUAUCGCCAAAAAUUUCAUCGAAAAGUGUUUCGAUCCGGAUCCGGAUAAACGAGCGACAGCGGAUGACCUCCUCGUGGAUCCCUUCCUGAACGCGCCCGAGCGUAAGAAACGACAGCGACCGACAGGACCCCCGAUCGAAAUUCCGCGCAGCAUGUCGGUACCCUACCCGGGCCACACCGGGGGACGCGUGAGCAGAUUUUCAUCUACCGGUGAGGACGGAGCGUACCGUGUCGCGGCUAGUCCGACAUCAGAAGGUUUGCCCAGAAGUCCUGGAGCUUAUUCGUACAGAACCCGAUCAUGUUUAUGUUCUAGUCGUGGUGUCGAUCCUCAAACUCCUUUGACGCCGUCGAUGAGUUCCACCUUCAACUGGAACUUGGUGGCCACGGGUGCAAACUCGGCUCUUAUCAGUCCUCCAGUGGAUGGGGGCCCACAGAAUGGCGUGGAGGAAGGUCAAGAAUUCUAUAUGCUCAAGAAGGAUUCUCAGCGAAGACAAACGAUUGUGAAGGUUCUUCAGGACGACGGUGAACAGAUUUUGAAAAUCUGGAUGGACAAAAUCCAAGCGAACUUGGGCUCGUCCGCUCUCCUGAUCAACGAGGAGCAUCUUACGAAACUCUUGAGUGGAAUGAUCUCAUUCCUCCCCGAGCAGAACAAGAACCAAUUGUCAAAAGUUCUGGCCCAGCUGAAAGAGUCACUCGACUACGACGGAAGCGCUCUCAAUCAGCUGCAGACCGCGCUAUUCGUAUUUCAACAUUCGGUCAUGGAUAUUCUCAAACGCCAGAAUAUCAAGCCCCAUUGGAUGUUCGCCCUCGACAACCUCGUGAAACAGUGUUGUCAAGCCGCGAUUUCCAUCCUUUCUCCGGAGCUGGCCGCGAACAUAAUCGGACACAAUAUCGAGGAGGAAGAAGAUCGGGCGUCAAGUGUUACGAGCGGCGUAUCCACGACAGCGUCGAUACGAUCCGCUCAGAAACAGGACGGUCUGUCGCACAUGGACGGAGACGUUCUGGGCCGGGUGCUAGAUCAGUUCGGAAAUCUGCCCGUGAAUAAAGAGGACACAACAAACUUAGUCAAAGCUCUGAUGGAGCAGGAGAUGCGAUGUUGUGGUUUGGUCCUGUCUCUGAUUAAAAACGGUCAAAUGGGUGCGGACGGAAGCUCAUCCACAUCGAGACUCUUAGCCAAGGAUGACGGCGAUCCUGAAAUGGUGCGGUGGCUGGAGAACAUAGGGCUCGAUGAAGCAAGUGUGAUGAAAUUCGUGCAGGAACGCUUCUCCAUGGAAGACGUUCUACAGCUCGUUGAUCGAGAAGAUUUGAAACGCCUUGGACUCAAGUUGGGCUACGAGGUUCGCGUCUGGACGGCGAUUCAAAAACAUCGGAAUCGGAAGGAUUGCGAAAAUACGACUUGACAUCGGAUCGGCCACAUCUUCGGAACUAGGAAAUUACUCCCAUGAUCACGGAGAAGGAUGCACGAGCGUUUGUGGGAACUGCUCUGACGAUUGAAGAGGGCGCCAGGUGUUGUUUUGAGCUGUCUUGUGCUCCACGACGGAAGCUACGAUUAAUGUCUCCGAGCCCUCAAUUUCCCCAUGAUCUCAAUCCAACUUGUUAAUGUUUCUGUUAGGAAGGCCAAUUGUGAGUUUGGGCACUCAGAACACUCAUAAUUUGUAUCUAUAUAUAUUUCUAAUAGAGCCGUUGAGCCGCGCAAGUCGAUCGUGGCCAGGAGUACAGUUGUUCAGAGAGAGUUCAGGGACGAAAGUGACUGACUCAUUACUCGACUGAAACUUUUGUGUGGUUGAUGAAUACAAAUCCUCCGAUCUUGGUGGAAACCGACUUCAGAACA